AUGACCCGCCCACGACUCCUAUUGGAAACUGAUCGCGGAUUCGGAAUUUUCUCGGUGCAGUCUGUGUUUAACAAUUCAUCCCCGCCUACUGAGGAUGCCUGCUUCCAGAUGGAUGAUGAUGUGCGUAUCUUGGGUUCCUGCAAUGGCUUGUUCUGCCUCGCCUUGAUCAGCGGUAAUAGACGCUGGGAAUCCAUCAGAUUGUGGAACCCUUGUACCAGAUUGGCUUCCGAUUGGUGGAAAAUUCGGCAAGAGUGGCCCAUGAUCGGGGAUUACAUGUAUGGUUUUGGCUAUGAUCAUGUGCAUGAUAAUUACAAGUUUAUUGAGGGUUCUUGGGCACUCGGCUACAAAGUUCACACCUUUGGUUCCAAUUCUUGGACAACCAUCAUUCAAGAUCUUCCAUUUUAUCCCCAGCUGGCGAUAGGGAAGUUUGUGAAUGGCACUCUCAAUUGGGUAGCUAAGCCUCUUGACAACAGCUUAGAAUGGGUUAUCAUUUCCUUUGACUUGGCCAACGAGAAUUGUUGCCCAAUGUCCCCGCCUAAUAUGGAUCAUGUUGAUUACGAUUAUCGUACUGGUAUCUAUGCUAAGUUGGGUGUCUUGAGGAACAACCUUUGUGUUUGUUUCAAUGAAAACUAUAGUCGUUUGGCUUUGUGGGAGAUGAAGGAGCAUGGGGUUCAAGAGUCUUGGACUAAGUUGCUCACCAUACCUAGGGAGCAUGAUGUACCCCGCCGGGCUUAUGAAUUCCCACGGCUUCAUUCAUUUAGAGUCUUGUACAUCAUGGAAAAUGAUGACGUUCUGGCUGUUUACUAUUAUUCCAAUGCUUGCAAAUUACUUAUGUUUAAUGCAAAUGUUGGCCAGCUAUCGCAUCCAAAUCUUUACAAAGCAGGUCUUCUGAACUGCUAUGUUUAUCAUGAAAGCUUGGUUUCGCCCUCCCAUUUAGGUCUUCCAUGUUUUUUAUAUGGAUCCACUACUGAUUAA